UGUGAGCCGCGUCAGAUCCGCUGUGAGUGUGAGAUGGGUGUGUGAGCCUCCGAUACCCCGCAAACCGCUCAAAAUAAACCGGGGGAGACGCUAAAGCACAUAUACGGCUGCCUCUCCGCCGGGAGAGGAGGAGCAGCAGCGGGAGGUUUCGCUUCCAAAAGAGCCUCUCCGCGCGGGGGACUCGAGCCGAGCCGGGCCGGGCCAUGGCGCGGGACUAUGAUUACCUCUUCAAGCUGCUCAUCAUCGGCGACAGCGGUGUUGGCAAAAGCAGCUUACUGCUGAGAUUUGCUGAUAACACAUUUUCAGGCAGCUACAUCACCACGAUCGGUGUGGACUUCAAGAUUCGCACGGUGGAGAUCAACGGGGAGAAAGUCAAGCUGCAGAUUUGGGAUACAGCGGGACAGGAGAGAUUUCGGACGAUCACCUCCACGUACUAUAGAGGCACUCACGGCGUUAUAGUGGUUUACGACGUCUCCAGCGCCGAGUCGUUCGUGAACGUCAAACGCUGGCUUCAUGAAAUCAAUCAAAACUGUGACGACGUCUGUCGAAUAUUAGCGGUUUGGAAUGACGUGAAGCUCGGGGAGGCUGUUGCCAUGGUGCUCACAGGCAUCACCAGGGAAACCGGAUCUUCACAAGCCAGUGAGACUCAAUGA